GCACAAAAGCUUCAUACGCACGCACGCCGCCCCGAUUCCUUCGCUCGCCCGACCGCCCCUCCGCUGCCGGUCGUCCUCCGCGCCCCUGCCCGCCGGUCGGCCCCCACUCCCCUGCAGGUCCGCCGCCGAGCGAGCCUCCCUCCCGCCCUAUCUUCCGAGCGACCUCGCCCUACUCUGCGUUCUCCUCGCCACGCCGCCGCUCGCCCGACCCCAGCUCGCCGCCGUCCUUGUAGGCGACAACCACCAGCAGCCGGCCCCAAUCUAGGGACGGAGGUUCCUCUCACUCAGAUAAAGAUUGGGCAGCUUGGCCGGGGCAGACCAAACAUGGGGAAUUUCAUCAAUUAGCCCCCGCAAUCGCAAUCGCAGUGUCACUCGCUACUCAGACACGGCCGGCGGAGACAAACCGUAGAUGGUGCCGGAGGACAGUGCGCAACAGGCAGCGGCUGCCGCUGCGGAGCCCCCUGCAGUGUCGGAGGUGGACUCGUUCCGGCGCCAGGUCGAUGACCUCGCCUCCAAGACCGAUGUGCUGGAGAAGAGAGUGAACGAUGUGGUAGGGUUCUAUGACGGUAAGAAGCAUGGCAGUGGAGGGCGCAGGGCCAGCGGUAGCAGCAGGUAUGCGGUGAAUGGUGCAAGGGACAGCCACUGCAAAGGGAUGCCUGACCUCAUGCGCCAGCUUGCCGGUAUCAUUCGCCAGAUAACGUCUCAUGAAUGGUCAGCGCCAUUUCUGCAACCGGUAGAUGUUGUAGGCCUACAACUUGAUGACUAUCACAAGAUUAUAACAAAACCUAUGGAUUUCUCGACCAUCCAAAACAAAAUGGAAGGGAAGGAUGGUACCAAGUAUAAAAGUGUUCGAGAAAUAUAUUCUGAUGUUAGAUUAAUUUUUAACAAUGCAAUGACAUAUAAUGAUGAACAUCACGAUGUUCACAUAAUGGCCAAGUUAUUACUAGACAAAUUUGAGGAGAAAUGGCUCCAGCUUCUUCCUAAAGUUGAGAACGAGGAAAGGAAACAUGUGGAACCAAAUGAUGCUCCAACCACAGACACUUCUCCGGAAGAUGCUAUUGCAAAAUUAGCAAAAGAUACUGAUGAUGAGCUGAAUGAGAUUAAUAGGCAGCUGGAGGAGCUACGGAACAUGGUGGUUCAGAGAUGCAAGAAAAUGACCACAGACGAGAAGAGAAAACUUGGUGCAGGUCUUUGCCACCUGACUCCGGAAGAUCUUAGCAAGGCGCUGGAGCUGGUCGCACAAGACAAUCCUGACUUCCAAACUACAGCAGAAGAAGUGCACCUUGACAUGGAUGCUCAGAGCGAGACUACCCUCUGGAGGUUGAAGUUCUUUGUGAGGGAAGCUUUGGAACGACAGGCCAACACAGCCGCAGCCCCUGGCAAGACCGACGAAAACGCGAAGAGGAAGCGCGACAUCUACAACGCUCUAGCCAAGACCGCCUCGAAACGGAUCAGGAGAUAGCCUUGGCGCAUGGGCGUUUCUGAUGGGUUCAGGAUGUUUCUUUGGGAAGUAGCUGUCACGGGACAAUUUCCCCCCUUGUGUGGAAGGCAUGUGUACCAGUCACCAGUGUAUAUAUGAACAUGAAUCCGCACCAAGCAGUUACACCCUGUCUAAUGUGUAGCAUUGUUAUUGUCACCUAUGUUAAAUGUAAAGCAAUGUUAACAAGAAUAAUUCCUUGAAAGAAGAUGCCAUUAAACA